AUGUCUGGGAGUCAGAGCGAGGUGGCUCCAUCCCCGCAGAGUCCGCGGAGCCCCGAGAUGAGACGGGACUUGCGGCCCGGGUCCCGCGUGCUCCUGCUCCUGCUUCUGCUCCUGCUGGUGUACCUGACUCAGCCAGGUUAUUCGGGGGCGGGGCAGGGGACCCAGAUUCCCCUGUCAUGGGAAGGGGGCAAUGGCAACGAGGGCAGCGUCACUGGAAGUUGUUAUUGUGGUAAAAGAAUUUCUUCCGACUCCCCGCCAUCGGUUCAGUUCAUGAAUCAUCUCCGGAAACACCUGAGAGCUUACCAUCGGUGUCUAUACUACACGAGGUUCCAGUUCCUUUCCUGGAGCGUGUGUGGGGGCAACAAGGACCCAUGGGUUCGGGAAUUGAUGAGCUGUCUUGAUCUCAAAGAAUGUGGACAUGCUUACUCGGGGAUUGUGGCCCACCAGAAGCAUUUACUUCCUACCAGCCCCCCAAUUUCUCAGGCCUCAGAGGGGGCAUCUUCAGAUAUCCACACCCCUGCCCAGAUGCUCCUGUCCACCUUGCAGUCCACUCAGCGCCCCACCCUCCCAGUAGGAUCACUGUCCUUGGACAAAGAGCUCACUCGUCCCAAUGAAACCACCAUUCACACUGCGGGCCACAGUCUGGCAGUUGGGCCUGAGGCUGGGGAGAACCAGAAGCAGCUGGAAAAAAAUGCUGGUCCCACAGCCAGGACAUCAGCCACAGUGCCGGUCCUGUGCCUCCUGGCCAUCAUCUUCAUCCUCACCGCAGCCCUUUCCUAUGUGCUGUGCAAGAGGAGGAGGGGGCAGUCACCGCAGUCCUCUCCAGGUUUGCCGGUUCAUUAUAUACCUGUGGCACCUGACUCUAAUACCUGAGCCAAGAAUGGAAGCUUGUGAGGAGACGGACUCUAUGUUGCCCAGGCUGUUAUAGAACUCCUGAGUCAAGUGAUCCUCCCACCUUGGCCUCUGAAGGUGUGAGGAUUAUAGGCAUCACCUACCACAUCCAGCCUACACGUAUUUGUUAAUAUCUAACAUAGGACUAACCAGCCACUGCCCUCUCUUAGGCCCCUCAUUUAAAAACGGUUAUCCUAUAAAAUCUGCUUUUCACACUGGGUGAUAAUAACUUGGACAAAUUCUAUGUGUAUUUUGUUUUGUUUUGCUUUGCUUUGUUUUGAGACGGAGUCUCGCUCUGUCACCCAGGCUGGAGUGCAGUGGCAUGAUCUCGGCUCACUGCAACCCCCAUCUCCCAGGUUCAAGCGAUUCUCCUGCCUCCUCCUGAGUAGCUGGGAUUACAGGUGCUCACCACCACACUCGGCUAAUUUUUUGUAUUUUUAGUAGAGAUGGGGUUUCACCAUGUUGACCAGGCUGGUCUCGAACUCCUGACCUGGUGAUCUGCCCACCCAGGCCUCCCAAAGUGCUGGGAUUAAAGGUGUGAGCCACCAUGCCUGGCCCUAUGUGUGUUUUUUAACUACUAAAAAUUAUUUUUGUAAUGAUUGAGUCUUCUUUAUGGAAACAACUGGCCUCAGCCCUUGCGCCCUUACUGUGAUUCCUGGCUUCAUUUUUUGCUGAUGGUUCCCCCUCGUCCCAAAUCUCUCUCCCAGUACACCAGUUGUUCCUCCCCCACCUCAGCCCUCUCCUGCAUCCUCCUGUACCCGCAACGAAGGCCUGGGCUUUCCCACCCUCCCUCCUUAGCAGGCGCUGUGCUGGGACACCAUACGGGUUGGUUUCACUUCCUCAGUCCCUUGCCUACCCCAGUGAGAGUCUGAUCUUGUUUUUAUUGUUAUUGCUUUUAUUAUUAUUAAAACUCUAGUUCUUGUUUUGUC